AAAAGUAAAACGUCACUACGUAACAGCCGCAUUACUUCCUUAAAACCCAGUCAAAUAAACCUAUCCUGCAUUAAAACUACUUUGAAAAAUCCAAUUUAUCCCAAAAGUAACUUUAUGGGAGUAAAUGUACCUGGUAACUAAAGUGGUUUAGUUGCAAUAAGAACCCAACUGAGUGAUUUCCGCCAUGGUGACGAAGCAGGACAGGUAAGCCGACACCGGCCGCCAUAUUGGGAAGUACAGGAAGUGAGAGAGGGAGCGAAGAAGGAAGAGAGAAUAGACAGAGAGGGGGCGGCAGAUAAACUACAGUAGUGAUUGUCGAGUGUUACAUGUGGCCGCGGGUUCUCAGAAGGGAAAAAAGGGCGUCCUCUGUGGCUUUUUUUCCCAUGUUCUUCCGUCGGGAGGAAGGGGCGGACACGGCGCCACAACGCACCCGGGGAUAGGUUUUGCUCGCUCGGCUCGAGAGCUCCGUGGCGGGUCGGCGCCAAACCGGCGAAGUGACGCGGAACUAGCUUCGCAUUUUACGAAAGAAGUCGGGGACGGCCGGACUGAAGGUCCCCGCGUGGCCGAAGAGGAAGUGAAAGCAGCGGCGGCGGCGAGAGGGCAAGUCGAGGCAGAGGAAGGACAAGAUGCCGCUGGCUCAGCUGGCGGAUCCCUGGCAGAAGAUGCCGCUGGGGGGGACGGCGGGGGAGGACGCGCAUAACGACCUUGAGGACUCGGUCGGGGAGGACGACGGCGUGACGCCCGCCAAUGAUGACGUGUCCAUCAAGGAGAUAAGCAUCACCCACCACGUCAAGGAGGGAUGCGAGAAGGGCGACCCGCGCCAGUUCGAGCUGCGCAAAGUCCUGGGACAAGGCUCCUUUGGAAAGGUGUUCCUGGUGAGGAAGGUCACAGGUCCAGACGCCGGCCAACUGUACGCGAUGAAAGUCCUCAAGAAGGCAACACUGAAAGUGCGCGACCGCGUCAGGACGAAGAUGGAGAGAGACAUCCUGGUGGAGGUCAACCAUCCCUUCAUCGUUAAACUGCACUACGCGUUCCAGACGGAGGGGAAGCUCUACCUGAUCCUGGACUUCCUGAGAGGGGGAGAUCUCUUCACUCGGCUUUCUAAAGAGGUUAUGUUCACAGAGGAGGACGUCAAGUUCUAUCUCGCAGAACUGGCGCUGGCUCUCGAUCACCUUCACGGCCUCGGCAUCAUUUACAGGGACCUGAAGCCCGAAAACAUCCUGCUGGAUGAGGACGGACACAUCAAGCUUACAGACUUCGGCCUGAGCAAGGAGUCCAUCGACCACGAGAACAAGGCGUACUCGUUCUGUGGGACGGUGGAGUACAUGGCCCCGGAGGUGGUCAACAGGCGAGGGCACACGCACAGCGCGGACUGGUGGUCGUACGGCGUGCUGAUGUUCGAGAUGUUGACGGGAACGCUGCCCUUUCAAGGCAAAGACCGCAAAGAGACCAUGACCAUGAUCCUCAAGGCCAAGCUGGGAAUGCCGCAGUUUUUAAGUUCAGAAGCCCAGAGUCUCCUCAGGAACCUUUUCAAGCGCAACCCCAGCAACAGAUUAGGAGCGGGUCCGGACGGCGUGGAGGAGAUCAAGAGGCAUCAGUUCUUCAGCACCAUUGACUGGAAUAAACUCUUCCGCCGAGAGCUGGCGCCUCCGUUCAAGCCGGCGGCAGGACGGCCCGACGACACCUUCUACUUUGACCCCGAGUUCACCGCUAAAACGCCCCGCGACUCUCCGGGAGUCCCGCCCAGUGCCAACGCCCAUCAGCUCUUCAGAGGAUUCAGUUUUGUGGCAAUAACCGAAGAGGAAACGCAACCCGUCCCCAACGCCAUUGUUCAGCAGCUCCACAGAAGCACGUCUCAGUUUUGCGACAGCUACGAGGUGAAAGAGGACAUCGGCGUGGGGUCCUACUCCAUCUGCAAGCGCUGCGUGCACAAGGGCACCGGCAUGGACUACGCCGUAAAGAUCAUCAACAAAGCCAAGCGGGAUCCCACGGAGGAGGUGGAGAUCCUGCUGAGAUACGGCCAACACCCCAACAUCAUCACGCUCAAAGACGUGUACGACGACGGUCGCUCCGUGUUCCUGGUGACGGAGCUGAUGAAGGGCGGAGAGCUGCUGGAUAAAAUCCUCCGCCAGAAGUUUUUCUCCGAGCGAGAAGCCAGCGCAGUUCUCUUCACCAUCACCAAGACACUGGAGUACCUCCACGUGCAGGGAGUGGUGCACAGAGACCUGAAGCCGAGCAACAUCCUCUACGUGGACGAGAGCGGGAACGCCGAGUCCAUCAGGAUCUGCGACUUUGGCUUCGCCAAGCAGCUGAGAGCGGAGAACGGCCUGCUCAUGACGCCGUGCUACACGGCCAACUUUGUCGCUCCCGAGGUUCUGAAAAAGCAGGGUUACGACGCGGCCUGCGACAUCUGGAGUCUGGGAGUGCUUCUCUACACCAUGCUAACGGGCUUCACUCCCUUUGCCAACGGCCCCGAAGACACGCCGGAGGAGAUUUUGGCCCGGAUCGGCAGCGGGAAGUUCUCACUUACUGGAGGAUACUGGAACUCUGUGUCUACUGAGGCUAAGGACCUGGUGUCAAAGAUGCUGCACGUGGACCCCCACCAGAGGCUGACGGCCGGUCAGGUCCUGCGCCACCCGUGGGUGACGCACCGAGAUCAGCUGCCCAAAUACACACUCAACAGGCAGGACGCGCCGCACCUCGUCAAGGGAGCAAUGGCGGCCACGUACUCGGCCCUCAACAGGAACGUCCCCCCCGUUCUGGAGCCGGUGGGCUGCUCCACUUUGGCGCAGCGGAGAGGCGUGAAGAAGCUGACUUCCACCGCUCUGUGAUGUCACCAACUUCCGACCGCCGUCCCCUCCCCGACCCCUCCCGUCAACUCUGACCUCUAGCUGACCUUGGACAGACUACUGAUGGAAUCCAGGGAGCGCUGACGCCCAAAAAAAUCAGCACACAAGAGGCCGCCGCCCUCCUGCACACUUGACAGGCUCUUCCGAUUGGGCAGCUGACUGCGCUCUUCCGAGAUAAACUUUAAACUUUUUUUUUUUUUUUUGCUUUGGACAAUCAGAACAGGAAGCGAGCGUCCGUGUAUAUAAACCUCAAAAUGGGAUGUUUAAUCAUGGAAAGACAAUAGUCCAACAGAAGCAUUUAAAGCCAUAGGAUACUUUGUGUUUAACUUCCCUGUUGUCACGGUGAUGUCAAACAUGACAUCUGACGUGCACGUCAGACCCCAAAACCGACAAACACUCAAGCAUCGUGAAAUUCGAUGCUGCGUUCACACCGGAUUUGAAUCGAACCAUUCGUGCGACGUGAUUGCGCGCAAAGUCAAUGCAGUUCGCGUGAAUGCGCCGGUCGGCGCGUAUGACGCGUUUGACGCGACGUGAGUUGGGAGAGAAAAUUAGAAGAUUAGAACUACAAGCCACAAAUCGCGUUGCAACAAUCAGCUUGAAGAUCGGCGAGCAAAGGGCCCGCCUGAGGGAGGACUCAUGCCGCUCAAAGCGUGAACGUUGUGGCCGAUUGAUCGUUUAUUCGAUAACGAAUUCUUGGAAUAAAUGCUCAAACGGCUUUCCAUCGUCCCCGACUGUCUUCACCGGUCACGUGACAGGAAGCGGAAAUGGCUGCAGGCUGACUCCGUCGUGUUUCCAUCUUUGACCGACACCUGGGUGACAAUGACGCACGUCAGUUCAUGCCGACACCGUGAUGUUAUGAAUAUGCAAAUGAGUUCUCUUGCCUCAGCUUCUUUCCAGUUUGGUCCAUUAGGACUGCAAAGAGGUUCUUCUACAUUUUGGUUCCGGGAGAAAAACUAAUUUGCAAGGACCCCUCCUAAUCCAUGCUCCGAUUAAGCAUUGCUACCUUCUGCAUUCCUAAAUGCCGCAGAAGUUAUGAUUCAACCUCGUCAUGACCUGUGCUGAGCACAAAGUACUCUUAAAUUCAAAUAUUGCUUUGGCGCCAUCUUGUGGCAACUUACAAAUAGACUUCAAGAAGUCAAAGGCAAUGGGGAAAGAAAGUGUGAUGCUUUUGGUGUCCCAUAUUUUAAUAGCACCUAACGUUGAUGGGCCAAGGCACAUCUUUUAUACUAGAAACGUCCCUCAGCACCCUACCAAAAUUCGACGGAAUGGGUCAAGCAAA